CGGAUUAUUUCGUUGAAAUGUUGACACACGGAUGCGCUCUGGGCCAAGCUCUGGCCGAUGUGUUGGCGGAAAUGGAGGCAGAAGGGGAGUCCUUGACGCUGGGUGAGAAGGAAGCGACCAUGCAAGUGAUGGAAGACAUUCUUUUCAGCCACAUGCAAGAUGCAUCGGACUUUUCCGAGACCGCGCCUUCCCGUCGUGGAACCAACACUUCUGGAUCCCGCCGUCGAGUGGCCACCGAUGUCGGCCUUCACGUGGUAGCCAACGUCGAGGAAUACAGUAGCUACAUGGAGACGUGGCGAAUGCACAUGACAGACACGACGAUCAAGGUUGAAGGAGACGUGUUGAACCCGACAUGUCCAGACAUGGAUGCCACGUUUCGCCGCAUGGAACGGCGGCGGAAAAAGCAGACAAAGCGAAAGCAUAAUGACGAGGAAUAUGUCGUUUAAAUCUUCAAACUGUUUGUUAUCUUUGCCA